UGGGACUCGGGGCUCAGAUGACAGGCUGUGAUCGGGACGGUGGGGAGUGGGCAGGAGCUUCAUUGGAACCGGGGCUCUGCCCGUCCAGAACCAACCGCUCUGGCCGGAGAGGCGAGUCCAGAACGAGGCCCAUGUUUCUGAGCUGCAGCCAGUGAAGUUUGCUUCCAGCAUGGCUCUGCUCCUGCUGCUGCUGCUGGCAGCUCACGUCGGGCCUUCAGAGUGCGGGUGUGACGGACGCCUCUACCAGAAGACGAUCAACGACCUCUGCUUCGACCGCUUCCAGGAGGAGAUGGUCAGUCUGGGCUCGGGAACGUGGUGCAGCUGGCCGGAAACAAUGGAGAUCUAUGUGGGACUGACUAACUGCACCUGCCAGGUGGCCUUGGGGAUGGACUGCUUCUGGCCCAACCGGCUGGUGGACGACUUCUUCAUGAAGAUUCAUAGCACGUACUUCCACCGCUGCGCCCAGACCGGCCGGCUCCUCCACGAGCCGUCAAUCGGCAUCCUGGCGCCCUUCAUCGGAGUGUCGAUGCUGAUCGCCCUGCUCAUGACCGCAGUAGUGGUUUGGAGGAGCAAACGCACGGAAGGGAUGCUGUAGAGGCGGUGCAGGAGGUUGAGUUGGUCUCAGGACUUGGAGAUGGACUCAGAGCAUCAUGAGCCACAGACAGUGAACUUCAUGGACUUGUUUGUUUUACUCUGAAAGCUCUUUUGUAUGAUUUUGUGAUUUCCAGUCACGGCUGCAAGGCAAAUGUUGGGAUUGGCCUCCGAUCUGCGGCUAUUUUUAAAGAAGUGACGAAAGAUUUUUCCUGAAAACCGUCCAAAGUCUUCCUCAUUUAAAGGCAUUUAUUUGGCUGAUUAGAGUAAGAGUGACUUCAACAUCACUCUUUCACAAUGGCGGACUGAUAUUAGCUGUCAGUUCUGAUCUAAACGAAGUCAGAGAUGGUGUUUAUGCGUAGAUCUAUCAAUAUAUCAAUAAAAAACACAACAAAGCAGCACAAUAUGCAGACAAAUACAAAGAAAUAACUGUAUGUAUACAGAAAAACAACUUCAGACUGCCUCAAUUAGACACACUAAUUUUCAUAUUUAGCGUUUAAAAUAUACAUUGUGAUUGUCCAGUGUCUGAGCGUGUAGCAUUCUUUCAGUUUCUGCAUGCUGGUUUUGUUAACGAUCUAGCUGCUUUUCUUUCUUUCUUUUAAAAGUAUUAUUUUUGUGAGUAGUGCUUUAGCAUUCACUGUGUGGAAGUCCAAAGCGCAGGAGGUUUCAUUCAGACGAGGGCUUGCACGCCAGCAUGCCGAAAUAGUUCACGGUCACCAUCACUUCGGUGUCGGGACAGGAUGCAUUCAUGGCUGUCAGUAACCUGAAAAAGAAAAAAAAGGCUUAAAUCUUAAUUUCAACGGGUGAAUUAAAAAAAAUGUCAAAAAUAAA